AUGACUGAUUUGUCCUCGGACUCAAAACCUUUUCAUGGUACGGUCAACACGAAAAUUGCCUGUCUGUCAUGUCGAGAGAAGAAACUAAAAUGCGACAAGGCCCUUCCCCAAUGUUCCCGUUGCAAGCAAAAAAGUUUAAAUUGUGUAUACGUACAGCACAAGAAAACCGGGCCAAAACCAAGCGGUAAUUCGGGUAUUUUGUCGUCGGUGUCUACUAGACAGCCAAAGAAAAUCACAAAAGCACCUUCUGCAAAGGUAAAACCAGCACCAGUGGCCAACAGUAUCUCAGCGUCCACGGCUAAUCCCAAUGCAAGACCGACUUCAGACCCCAAUGCAGGUUCUGCAUCUACAUCAAUAUCGAACUCUUUUUCACCAAAGGAAGCUACAUCUAAAAAUAACGUUGAAACCUUGAAUUCAAUCAAUGGAAUGAGUACCUUGGAUAUGGCAAAUUUAGAAAAUCUAAACACAUAUAACGAUUUCAGUACUUAUAAAACAUGGAAAGAACCAAAAACAUCCUCUGAACUAAAUACCCCAAUAAACUACAGCCAGUUUCAGUUCCCUAUAAAUUCUCCUUUACCCAAUAUACAACCUCCCUCAUUGUCACCCUCUUCAAGUAGCCGAAUCUCUGUGCAAAAUUUCAUGAAUCCAAUUCAAACCCCAGAUGGUUUAUUCAACCAAACAAACGACACACAUUCAUCAGGUACUUCCAACAACAGACACCAGUUUAACACGAGCCUAACCAACGUUACUAAUAAAUCGUUUGAAGAAAUAAUUGGGUUGCCUAGUCUUGGUUUAACUAUGAAAGAUAUUGAUAAAUUCCAUGCCUUUUACUUUGAUUCAAAUACUAGGAUCUUUAAAUAUUCAACCCAAAGAUAUUAUAAUACAUUCAUCAAGGAUCCAAAAAGAAUUCUGCACUAUUCCUACAUGAUAUGGACAAUGGCAUGUUUCUAUUUAAAGGAAUAUGAAUCCAUGGUUGACAGAUUGUACGUAGCUUCUUUAGCCCAAAUGAAUGAUUAUUGGGAAUCCAAUAGGGAUAGUUUUCAUUCGGAUAUUUUGUCUUACCUUCAUGCACUUUGCUUGAAAUCCCAAUUUGAAUUCUUGUCAGGUAGAGAAAUGAGAGCUGCACUAACCAUUAGUUCAUCAAUUAGACUAACACAAAUGUAUGGCUACGAUCAGAUUGACUUAUCCCCCACAACUUUGGGCACUCCGGCAAUUUUUUUUAGAAGCUUUACACUAUCGAAAGAACAAUAUGAGUCUACUAAUACCUUGUUACAAGAUGAUGGGUUGGAUCAAGAUAUUCCAUUAGUAGAGGAGCGCAGAAGAGUUCUAUGGGAAGUUUAUGCAAUCGAUAAGUGGUCUUCAUUAGUUACAGGUCUACCCUGUGCCCUAUCAGUUGAUAGUUUGUCAGUGAUAUUCACAAAACUUCCUUCUCCGACAACCUUUCUACCAUUGAAUAGCGACUCCGAUAUUCAGAAUUCCUCCUCCAAUGAAAAAAACAGCUACUAUUUACAUGAAGCAAUGCAAAAACUAGAUAAUAAUCAAGUUAUGUUGGACAUAAACUCUUCAUCUUCCAAGAUUCUAUUACUAACCAUUUCGGAGAAUAUAAUUAAGUGGUGUAAAAUGUUUUUGAAUAUGGUGGAACUAGAAACUUUAAAGUCUUUAUCAUCAAUAGAUUCAAUUAGGAGCAAAGUCGAUGAGCUGGUUAAAAAUUUCGAGAGUAUGCACAACAAUUUAUUGUUUUUUGACCUAACAACAGAACCCUUGAUGAAUAUCGUCAUUACCAAUACAACAACCCUAUUAUACCAGAGUGUUUUAAUUAAGUUUAAUUCCUUGUUUGAUCUACAGCUUCGGGAAGAUCCUUCUGGAAAUUCAAUCGCAGGAAGCGAAAUAUCCUUGUUUAAGGAUAUCCUAUAUGAGGUUUCAUCAAUGAGUGAAAAUAUAAUUAUAAGGUUUGUUAAGAAGCAGCGUGUCGAGUCACACCUGAAAAAGGCACCUGUUUUUAUCGUUUUCAUCAAUUCUGUCAAGUCCUUGUUCCAAUGUCUCGCAUUUGUUUAUAGAUUCAACAAUAUUUUGAAUGUUGACAUCAAAAGAAAGCGCUCAUUAGAAAAUACAAUUAAAAUCGCCUCUGCAGUUAUAAAUGGUCUGCCUACGAAGACUCCAUUGGUUGAGAAGACUAAGACAAUCAUUAACAAUGGCCAGGAGCUAUUAGACCAUUCGCCACAUUUGCUUUCAUUUUUUGAUUCGUUUUUUGAUUCGACUAAAACUUAUUAG